AUAUGAAAGAAAACAUUUAUGAUGAAUUAGAAUAUUUGUUACUUGAAGAUGAAGGGGAUGAAGAAAUGGUGAUUAUAUCAAAUAAAUCAAAUAAUAUAGUUAUAGGUGAAUUGACACCAAAAGAAGAAAUACCUGGGUUUAGAUUUAGUAUGUCGGAUGAAAAAUCUAAACGUUUAAGUGACAUUUAUUUAGAUGCUACUAAAAGAUUAAGUAAUCCUUAUUUGGAAGAAUAUGAAUUUCAAACCGAAGAUGAAAAGUUAUUUUCCUUACUUCAUAAUUUAAAAAGAUAUUCAAAAUUUGGUAGUAGCGCUUAUGAUUUUAAAACCGCUAUUAUUGAUAAAAUACCUUUCCCAAGAUUCCCAAUUAAAUCACAGAGGUGGAAGGAACGUGGUAGAUUACAUAGAUUUUCAUUCGCGUCUAAUACCGAUUUACCAUUUGAUAGUAUAGUUGAUUCAUCACACACAAAGACACCAAAAAAUCCAAGUAAUUAUCAACCAUCUUAUUUCAUAAUAAGAGAUCAUACGACCGAAAGUAUUAUAUUAGCUCUAAGAGGUACGAUGAGUAUACAUGAUUUAAUUGUUGACCUUACUUGUGAGUAUGAAGAGUUUCAAUUACCCGAAGAUGUACAACGUGGCAUUGAAACUAAACAUAAAGUACAUAAAGGAAUGUUUCAAGUUGCAAAAAGUCUUGCUGAACCCGGAAAAACCGGUGUUUAUGAAGUUUUGAAAAGGGAAUUAGAAGCUAAUGAAGGUUAUGGUUUGGUGUUGGUUGGUCAUUCCCUUGGUGCUGGUGUUGCAAGUUUAUUGGCAUUGCUGUUGGCUUCGCCUACGACGCGUCAAACGACAGUAUGGUCACGUCUUCCACGUGGUCGUAGAGUACACGCAUACGCUUUUGCGACACCAUGUGUAAUGUCCGCCGAGUUAUCAAAACGGGUACGUCCAUUGGUAACUUCAGUAGCAUAUGGUAACGAUGUAGUCUGUCGAUUAUCGUUAGGACAUGUAAGAGAUUUAAGGAAUAUGGUAAGAUUUUUGGGAUCUAAUAAACAAAAAGGUGGGGAAGAAGGACAGGAAACGGCAAGUAAAAUUAUAAGAAAAGUACUAGAUUAUCAAAGUCGAACGUUUUUUGCAAAUACCGAAGAAGGUAGAAAAGAUAAAGAAGAGUUUGAGAAUUUCUUUUGGAGAGCACGACAAGAUGUUUAUAAACAUAUGCAAAAUGAAAAAUUAUAUCCGCCCGGUACAGUUUAUUGGAUUAUCGGAAAUGAAAGAAAACCUUAUUGUGAUGCUCGUGAUGACGAUGAAGCAGAAGGGAGCAAUAAAGAAGAAGAAAAGGCUUCUGACGUUAAAGGAAACGGAAACGAAAAAGAAUGUAAUGUUAACAACGAUGAUGAUAUAUUUGAGAAAAAGGGUAACAUUACGACGAGUUCUGGCAAACAGUAUAUAAUGUUGGAAAUUGAUGAUGUUUCAAAAAUUUUUGAAGAAAUUUGGUUUUCUUCCCAUAUGAUGUUUGAUCAUCUCCCUCAUAUGUAUGAAAGCGUAUUGAGGAAGUUGUAA